AUGCCCUCGACGUCGGCUUCUGAGAUUUGCUUUCUAUCCAGCUUGCCAGCCAAGAUCACUGGCCAGAAAGUUCGGUUUCUCGGUUGCGUCACCGACUACGAUCCCAUCACAGGUGUGCUCACGCUACAGCACCCGUACCAGCCACCGACGCCCAGUACCGGUAGCGGCACCCACGUGCCGGCUCAUGCAGUCCGUGCCCGCGUCAACGUGGACCUCGUGCUGAAGGGCUUGACGGCGGAGCAGACGACGGUGGGCGCAUGGGUGAACGUGAUGGGCUAUGUGACGGGGCACACCGCUCCGACCACCACCGCCUCCGACAGAGGGAGAGGCCCCGCGUGUGUCGACGUGCAAGCGCUCAUCCUCUGGUCGACGGGCCCGCUGGACGUGCAGGCGUACGAGCGACAGCUGGAUGCGAUGCUAACCAUGAGGACCGGGACGGUGGCGGGGACGGGGACAUGA